AUGCCUUCACUAUCUUCCCUCUUGAAGCGUCGAAGGGAAAGUCAAAAUGAUAACCGCACGAGCUUGAGUCUAAGCGUUACUCCAGAGAAGGUACAAAGAAAAUCGAAGCGUAAUUUCCUUCGCAAACUUUUUAAAAUCUCUAGUGCUUCCUCUCGAGACAAGCGGGAGAAAGAACAGGCCGUGAUAGUUCCAACCCCAACUUCCUCAAAUCAACCUUCAAGUCCCAUGUCGAAUCAUAACAAACCUCUUCCGCCUCCACCGCCAUCAAUCAAGGAGUCUGCAUCCCUAACAGCGAUACCUUCGAGACCUUCCAAAAAGCUCGAUAGGAUAAUAUCACCUCUUACUGAUCAAGAGCUUCAUGAGCUAUUCUCCGGGGCUCCCCAGUUUUAUGCGCGAUCCGAAGGCCAUCACACAGGCGCACCACAUCCUUUAGUAGCUUUCCCUUGGGAUUCGACUGUGCAGAUACGAGAUCUAUCGGAUCAUGUGCAAAUACAAGACGAGGCAUGGGGAUGUGUCACAGCGUGGCCGCAUAUCACGAGAGAAGCUCCGAUAAGUUUGGAAGGCGUGGAGGAUACUGGGAAACAACCGCGUGCCUGGUUUAUGCCAAGAUGCCGCGAACGGCCGAGUAUGCUUAGUAUGCAAGGCAUGGAGAGAGGAACUGUGGGAUAUCAAGCGGCUUUAGAGCUAGGUGUUGCCGAUGCGCUAGAAGAACCGGAGGAGAUAUUACCUGAUUCUGGCCCUUUUUCACUAUUUCUUAGACGAAGAGAAUUCUUAAAUGGCAAGGAUGGAAUCAGACCUCUCGAAGAGCACUCUAUUUACGAACAUCUCAUGAAUAUUGGCACCUCAUACCAUGAGGGCCUGAUGCAUAUGCGGACGACUGUCGAGUUAUAUUCAGAACUAUUCACGCAGAUCCUAUUUCCUCCUUCUAGGGUUACUGACGCGGAUGAUCCUUACAGUUUGCAGGUUCAAAUUGAGGUUCUUGUGAAGGUUCUAGCUACUCCUAAUAUUUGGAUUGAUUUUAGCUCCGUUGAAUGGAGAAUUCGUCUGGGACAGAUACUGUGGGGCCAGCCGCUCGAAACUGACCUGGGGGAUGACUUUUCUACCAAUAGCGAGACAACCAAUGAAUCUGAGGACCAGAAGUAUUGGCUGUUGUUGCAAAUACUGCUUUCGUGUGAAUUGUUAUUGCGACUCGAUACAGUGUCUCAAAAUAUCAAUAAUGGUUUGGAGCCUGCCAAACCUGCUGACGUCAAGAAACUUGAAAAGAGCAUGACAUCCAGUGUCAAAUGGUCACUUAUUUUAGCACGAUCUUGGCUCGAGAAUAUCCGCAUCGAGCAGAGUGUGUCCGAAGUCAUUCCCGAAAGGAAGCCUUCUGGAUGGUUAGCAACAUUAACUGGAACAUCAACUUCUGUCGAUGAUAGUGCACCACAAGAAAGCGUUCAAACGUUUCAGUUUCGAGGACGCCAUGAAAAUCGACAAUUGACCGGGCUAGUACACUUUGCCCAGAAGUUGAAAUGGCCCCAUUUGGAUAAAUUGACCGGAAAGGUAUUAUCUAAUGAUAUAUUCAUAACGGAAAGUUCUCAGAAUACUCCUGCUUCUGGAACACCUAUGUCUGUUUCGACACAAAAGUCAUCUUACUUCAUGAGCCAAAGACCUGUUUCGCGACGAGGUUUAGCAAGAUCAACACAGAGAAUGUCUGCACUAAUGAAUUCAUCCGGAUGGUUGUCCAAUUCUUACAUUAGUGGACUUAUGCUACCUGGUGAAGGCUUGUGCCAUUUCUUGAUCUCAACAUUACUAGAAAAUGACGAUGCUGCAGUCGCGAAGCUAGGAGACGAGGCCAACUUGUAUGGCGGGUUUGUAUUUGGUGAAAGAAGCUUCUGGAGCACGGCAUGUAUAGUUGGUCGAGUUUUGGCUGCUGGUAAGGACUCGUCUGAAUGCAUGGGUUGGAUAUCCUCGAAAGUCAAACCUAGGGGUAUUUCUGGCGAAGCUUGGGUCAAUAUUGAUGUAGAGCCAGCAUCACAGGAAAAUUCUACAACCGAAAUUCCCAGGAUUCUGCAGAAGACUGUCAUCGAAAGAGAUGGAAGUGUUAUUGGCGGAGCGGAUCCAUCAUCAAUACUUCCAGGUGAUUUUGUAGCAGUUUACGACGCGCCGGUUUUACAUCCUCCAUCGAUCAUUUUCGAGUCGCUAGAUCUUUUUGCUGUCGACUCUGAUGAGAUGACCCCUACUGAAGAAGAACCGACCUCAGAAACAGAUGUAACUACAGCGCCAAGUAUUAAAACAUACUCUGCAAUGAUGAGAUUCUUAAUGGAUCUUGAUGGGGAUGAGAAAAGGGAAAUCAAUGUUGCUCUUACUCAUGAUGUGCAUUUCGUCACUGCUCAUCCAUGUGUCAAGUCUCACAGCAUCGAAGUACUGAAAUCUCCUACAAGCCCAUUAUUUCAAUUGCAGGGCGGUGGUGAGGAUGGUGAAGUCCCUAAUUCAGAUAUGGAUGAUGCGGAUGCAGAGGAUGUGAGUGAUGCGAUGAGUAGUGAAGUCAGCGGGGAAACCCAGAGUAGGAAUAAAAAAGAAUUUGGCAGUGAUGCGGAAAUGUUAGCCAGAGCGUUAUGUGCGGAAAGAGGAUGGAAUGCUCUGGUUAGUAGGAGAGGGAGAGGAUGUCUGGCUUGUGCUAUUAGAGAGGCUGGUGCGUUGGGGUGGGAGGUCGUGGUGAGGGUUUAG